CCGCCGCCUCUUGCAGCCUUGGCAGUCGAAGGGAGUUCCACCAGCAGAAGCUCCUCCCAGUCUUCCCCCCUUUAUCUUGGCCUUGACAAGCCCCAACUGCAGAACACUCUCACAACACACACACACACAAAACUAACAUGAACCCAUCUGCUUCCGCAAUCCGACCAUCAUCCUCUGAAAACCAAAACGAAACCAACACACCCUCAAACGGCUCUGCUGCACUCCUUACCCGUCGUCGUUUCUUACCAUUGGAUCCACCUACCCCAAUCAGUAUGGCCACCAACAACAGCCCCAACAUUAGGAUCCAGUCUGAGCCAACCUCCUCUCAAGCUUCGACCAAUAACCCAGAACCCCGCCGUAGAGACCGGGAAGCUCAACGAAAUUUGAUGGAAGUCCACAGAGAUACCCUAAGAGCAGCCGAGAGGACUAUAAGCUUAUUGAGAGAACAAAUUCGAUUGCACGAUGAACGAGCUCGUUUAUCGAUCGCCUCCCUAGUUCCAUCACCAGCACCCAUUGGCACCCCAGCUCGGACGCCGACCCAACGAGCGGCCCUCGAACGAUCACUGUCGAGUCGGAUCGCCAGCCUCCAAGCAGACAUCGAGCGACAACAGCUACGGGCGGGUGCGGUCGGAUUGAUUCGUAGACCGGAGACGGAAGCCUUGCUCGAAGAACGCAACAUGCUCAGCACACGCCGUGCCGCACCACGAAUCCCCCCACGGGCCAUUCCGAAUGCCUGUCCCAUCGUCCCAUUCUCUGCAACCAGCAUUCCAACACCCAACAGAAUCUAUUCGUCCCGCUCCUCAUCAGACCGUUGGCUCGCCGGGCGCCAGAGGGAUAACAUCCUUUCCAGCUCAUCCUCAGCACGACCCUGCUCGGCCGAGCUCUUUCGAGAACAUCAUCUUUUCCAACGCCCCUCAUCAGAGUCUUCUUCGUCAUCGGCUCAUGAGGCCUUGGAGCGAGAAUGGGAACGCCAACUUGCAGAUGGCGAGGUCGAUUCGGACGGAGUGCCGAUCCUCCCUGACCCUCUCAAACAGAUGCCCAUCGAAUACCCUCAGACCUCGAGAACCGCCAGCCACUCGUUCCCCGGAACGGCAACCACUUAUCUCGGAAGACGCAAGGUCGACGGCCUCGGCCUCCAAUUGGCUCACCUUGCCUCCUCGUCCUCUACUGCAAACCACGCCCAUCAUCUGCAUCCUCAAACAUCUAAUCAACUCACCUUUCAGCCACUCUGUCUAAGAUGAUCCUCUUUCUCUUUCUCUUUCUAUCAAGUUUGCAUGCAUGUCUUUACAACUCAUUCCGCAUCUACUCAAUUCCAAAUCCUUCCUGGGCUUUUUUCUACUUCACCAGUAUGUGUACCCAUGUUCUUUCGUCUCUUGUUUUUUUUUUUUUUUUUUUUAAAAAAAAUCCUUGUCUGCAACUCUUAUCAUACACCGCAUUCUCCUUCUUUCAUCUUGUGUCCAUAGCUAUCUUCCUCUGCCCAUUCGACGCCUUGUAACUAAUUCUUUUUUGUUGUUGUAGAUUUUAUGAGCUUGGUCUACUCAGUUUGACAUCAUCGUAAUCAUGAUAAACAUAAACCUUGAACAUUUGCC